AGAAGUGCUCCAGUUUCCCAAACUCAAAACCUAAUUUGCUUCUGCAAAAAAGAGGUGAAUUUGAUAACUCAACGAUAAAACCACCGCCUCCUCCGCCUCUAACUAUCAAAAAUGGCGGAAUCAGAGUACGAGAUAGAUCUCGGCAACCUUCUGGCAUUCGACCGUCAUCAUCAAUUCCUUUCUCCUUCUUCUUCCAGGGAGGAAGUCGCGAAGAAAGCCAUUGAGCAGGGCACUAAAUUAGUUCAAACCAUUGCGGAUGCCCUUUUCGCUUUGCCUUCGAGAGAAGACCGCGAUGGCCCUAUUGUCGAGCUCCCGGCACCUACCACCAAAUUGCCUAGAGAAAAGCCGAUUCCAAGGCCUACACCUCCAACAACGUGGGAGAAAUUUGCUCAAAAGAAAGGCAUACAACACAAAAACAAAGAGAAGUUGGUAUUUGAUGAUGUAACUGAGUCUUGGAAGCGCCGCUAUGGUUAUGAUCGUGUUAAUGAUGACAACGACCUACCAAUCAUCGAGGCCAAGGCCACUGACGAAGUAGGAAAAGAUCCGUUUGCUGAGAGACGUAAAGAGAAGAAAGGCAAAGUUGAUAAACAGGAGAAAAAUCGGUUACAUAACUUGAAACAAGCGAAUAAAGUUGGUGCCCUGCCAAGCCACAUUCAACUCGCUGCAACAUCUUUACCUAUAACAGGAACCCAAUCAAUGCCUAAGAAAAUUAGCAAAGAUGAAUUACAACACGUCGCCGGAAUGGCAUCAACUGCAACAGCGAGCGGUGGGAAAUUCGAUAAGAAAUUGCCAGGAGAAAAGGCUCCAAAGCAUGAAAAGAAGUAUCGAAAGUUCUUACCGGCUGUGGAGGGAUCAGGCAUGGGUGCCUUGGAAAAACAGCAAAAUGAAAAUGUUUUGAACAAGUUGAUGUCCAAACACUCUCAUGAGAUACUCAAUGUCCAAAAGGCUGUAGACAUGUACAAUGUGAAGAGCGAUAAGAAAAGAAAAGGUGGUGGCGGCGGUGGACAGCAAAAGAAACAAUGGGGACAGUCUUCGAGCUCGAGCAAGUUGAAGCCAAACGCGAAACCUUUCAAGAAAACAUCCCAUAAAUCCCCAUAUAAAGGAAAAUCAAAAUGAUCACCUUCUUUUGCCAUGUUAUAGGAUCAAGAAAUCUAUCUAUGUCAGCCACUAGUCAUUUCAGUAGAAAUUGAAGUAUUGCACUUAAGAACUUCGAUUAUCCGUCUUUUCGCUGUGUUUCUUUUUUUGUUUAAUUUGGAAAAUUUUGUUUCGAAUGGUAUGAUUUGUAAGCGUUUAUACGAAUUUCUCGUCUUUUUUA